AUGGAAGGCUCUAGAAAUAAAGGAGACAGAACAAGUAAUAUUUUUAUUAGAUUACUUGUAAAUACGUAUUUUGCUAUUGAAGUGGUAAUUUUUGUGAUAAUUUCCUUAGUUAGCCAAAUAAUAUGCUGCUUUUUGUUUUUCCCUGUACUUAUAUGCAGUAGAAAAGCAAGAUUGAUAAUAUUUGGUUAUUGCCUGCGAUUUUGUAUGUAUCUUAUUAUAGUUUUGAACCCAUUUUGGAGAAUAAAAAUAAUAAGAAAACCUAAUAAGGGUUAUAGGCCAACUAAGACUCUCUUGUUUUUUAAUCAUUUGUCGUCACUCGAUCCGUGGAUUGUUAAUGCUGGCACCAUAAUUUGGAAUGUUAAAUUUGUUUUUAAAAGUUCAUUAUUUAAAGUACCAUUUGGAGGUCAGGCAUUAUAUUUGGCAGGGGAUAUUCCAGUAUAUUUUACUAAAGGAAAAGGAGGAUGGGAAGUAAGGCAAGGAGGAGUAGAAGAUAUUAUGAAAACAUGUAAAGAGUAUCAAGAUUUAAAUAUUAGCAUAGUUGUAUUCCCAGAAGGUACAAGAUCUCUUAGUGGACAACUACAAUUUUUCAAAUCCGGAUUUUUUAGAUAUGCAAUUGAAAACAAUUGUGAAAUAUUACCAUGUGCAUUACAUGGAACAGACAAUAUAUGGCCGGUUAAAUCAAAAACAGUUGAUAUAGGAACUGUGUAUCUUUCUUUUGGAGAACCUUUUUAUCCUAGUGAAAAUAUGACUGUUGAUGAACUGAAGGAAAAAACGAGAAAUGCUAUUUUUGACUUGAUCAAAGAUUUCCCAGAUUACGAUCCUGAGAGAGAUAAUUUAUCGACUGAAUUAACACGAGCAAGGGGACACGGUAUAUAA